AAAAUGGGGGUAAUAAUAGUCUCUACCUCUUACCUACCUCCCAGGGCUGAUGUGAGCAUUAAACAUAUGGGAAGCUCUUAGAAGAAUGUCUGACAAAGAGUAAGCUAUUUACUGUUUACUGUAACUAUUUACUGUUAUUCUUAACAUUAAGGGGUGAGUAUCUCACCCCAUUGAUGACUUUGUACUACUGUGUUUCCCCCCCAGGAGUUUCCUUUACCUCUUAAGAGUCACCCCUUUCCAUCACCAUUUUGAUCCUCUCCCAGCUUGCUUUUCACAUCAAUUAAUUUGGCCCAGGCCAAAGCUGAACUGUUUUUAAAUUGUCUCUCUCAAUUCUGAGGAACCGUGUCUCUGCCUAAUCACCCCUGAGAUGUGUAUGUCUGGGAGGGGGUAGUAGAGAAGGAUUGCCAGCCACUGCCCUUACUAGGAAUGGCUAAGCUGGAGAGAGCAACGAUACAGCUUCUAGAAGCAGUCUGUCUAUUGAAGAAAACAGUCUUCAAAAUUAGGUCUCCCUGAAACUGUUUUCUGAUCACAUUGUCCUUACCCGUCUCUUAUUGGUUGGAUAUGACUUAAGCUCCUGUUGCUCUCAUCCAGCCCCACACAGUUUGCUCUGUUUUUUUGUAACGGGAUUCAGUCCCUCAUAUCUCCACAGGGCUGGCUCAGAACCUUUCUGAACUGUUCCGUGAUGGGAUAUAACUCACCAAGGCUGAGUUAGGAAGGAAAACUGAGGUGAUAGGGAGAGGGACUCUGACUUAGAGCUUAUCUUAGACCCCAGUGAUGUGGCCUGCCCUGGGGGUACAUUUUUAUCACCUCUCCCACACUGGUGCAGGUGAGGUGAAGGGCAGGAGAUGAGUAUUUUUCGAAAGCCAUGGAAAAUAGAGUUCCCAGGUUCUGGGUUUGGAAGCGAAUAGAAUAAUUAGCUAGCAGCAUUUCUCUGGCCUCUUCAGCAACCCCCACCAUAGUGCCCUCCUGACUGAAAGUUCGUUAGUGCUUUUAACUUGUGAUGUUGGGUUUGAUUGAUGAGGAAGAUUAACAGACUCGUGAGUUUCCUCUUAUCUGAUAUUUCGUUGGAGCACAGGACUUGUGGGUCUUUCCGUCCUUUCCUCCCAGGCUGACCACCGACCCAACUGCUCAUUCGUGGGCUAGAAACUUCUUUCAGAGCAGGUUCAUUUUCAGCCUCCUGGGCUGUUUGGUCUCUUGCUGGUGGAAGAUUUGUUCCCUUCCAACCCUUGGAUAUACUCCUCAGGAAGGAGAAUUUAGACAGUAUUCUAAGAAAGGGAACAAGCUAUGAAGUGAAGAUGUGAGACUCAGUGGUGUUCUUCUACAGGAGGUUUUUUUUGGUUUUUUGGGGGUUUUUUUUGGAGAACAGAUCAUCCUGUGAGCAGGAGGUAAGAGAAAUGGGUGAAGAGGGGAAUGGAUGAACGAAGUAACCUUUGAUUUCUCUGUCUUACAAAUAGUGAGAGCAGAGAUGAUGAACUUUGUUGACCUCUGAUGUGAGGAGCUCAGCAGGACCAAGAGUGGAGCCUGGCUAGAUUUGCAUCCUGAAGCCAUGGACCAGGGGGCCAUGGUGACCUGAUAUCAGUGGACUUUGUCCAGUUGCCCCCUGUUGCCCCUUCUAACUCCCCUACACUAAAGUAAGGGAACUUGACUCCCAACUUUUCAGGGAACUGACCCUGAGGAAAUCCUUUUCCCUUGUUUUUCUAUCUUUCUACCCUCCUACGAGAGCCCCAGCCUAUAGAACUCCUACCUCCCAUCCCCUGAGGUAGUCCCCAUCCCUACUUCCCCUUCCCCGCCAUGCUCAAGCUGUGGAAGGUGGUACGCCCAGCUCGGCAGCUGGAACUGCACCGCCUCAUACUGCUGCUGAUCGCGUUCAGUUUGGGCUCCAUGGGCUUCCUGGCUUACUAUGUAUCCACCAGCCCCAAGGCCAAAGAGCCCUUGCCCCUGCCCUUGGGAGACUGCAGCAGUGGUGGGGCAGCUGGCCCUGGCCCCGCACGUCCUCCAGUCCCACCACGGCCCCCCAGGCCACCAGAGACAGCACGAACUGAACCUGUGGUCCUUGUGUUUGUGGAGAGUGCAUACUCACAGCUGGGGCAGGAGAUUGUGGCCAUCUUGGAGUCUAGUCGUUUUCGUUACAGCACCGAGCUAGCACCUGGCCGAGGGGACAUGCCUACACUGACUGAUCAUACCCGUGGCCGCUAUGUCUUGGUCAUUUAUGAAAACCUUCUCAAGUAUGUCAACCUGGAUGCCUGGAGUCGGGAACUGCUAGACCGGUACUGUGUGGAAUAUGGUGUGGGCAUCAUUGGCUUUUUCCGAGCCCAUGAACACAGCCUACUGAGUGCCCAGCUCAAGGGCUUUCCCCUUUUCCUACACUCAAAUUUGGGGCUCCGGGACUACCAGGUGAAUCCUUCUGCCCCCCUACUGCACCUCACACGCCCCAGCCGCCUGGAACCUGGGCCACUGCCUGGUGAUGACUGGACCAUCUUCCAAUCCAAUCAUAGCACAUAUGAACCAGUGCUUCUUGCCAGCCUUCGGCCAGCUGAGCCCCCUGUGCCAGCACCAGUGCCUCGCCGGACCCGGCUUCCCACCGUCAUACAGGACCUGGGGCUUCAUGAUGGCAUCCAGCGGGUGCUCUUUGGCCAUGGCCUUUCCUUCUGGCUCCACAAACUUGUUUUUGUUGAUGCUGUUGCGUACCUUACUGGCAAGCGCCUCUGCCUAGACCUUGACCGUUACAUCUUGGUGGACAUCGAUGACAUCUUUGUGGGCAAAGAAGGUACCCGCAUGAAGGUGGCUGAUGUUGAGGCUCUGUUGACCACCCAGAACAAACUCAGGACCUUAGUCCCCAACUUCACCUUCAACUUGGGCUUCUCGGGCAAGUUCUAUCAUACUGGGACAGAGGAGGAGGAUGCAGGGGACGACAUGCUGCUGAAGCACCGCAAAGAGUUCUGGUGGUUCCCCCACAUGUGGAGCCACAUGCAGCCACACCUGUUCCACAAUCGCUCCGUGCUGGCUGACCAGAUGAGGCUCAACAAACAGUUUGCUCUGGAGCAUGGGAUUCCCACGGAUCUGGGGUAUGCUGUGGCCCCCCACCACUCGGGUGUGUACCCCAUCCACACGCAGCUCUAUGAGGCCUGGAAAUCUGUGUGGGGCAUCCAGGUGACCAGCACUGAGGAGUAUCCUCAUCUCCGCCCUGCCCGCUACCGCCGUGGCUUCAUUCACAAUGGCAUUAUGGUACUGCCACGGCAGACGUGUGGCCUCUUCACUCAUACAAUUUUCUAUAAUGAAUAUCCUGGAGGCUCUCGUGAACUAGACCGGAGCAUCCGAGGUGGAGAGCUCUUUCUGACAGUGCUGCUUAAUCCGAUCAGCAUUUUUAUGACCCAUCUGUCCAAUUAUGGAAAUGAUCGGCUGGGCCUGUAUACAUUUGAGAGCCUGGUGCGCUUUCUCCAAUGCUGGACACGGCUGCGCCUGCAGACCCUUCCUCCUGUCCCUCUUGCACGAAAGUACUUUGAACUGUUCCCUCAAGAACGGAGCCCCCUUUGGCAGAAUCCCUGUGAUGACAAGAGACACAAAGAUAUCUGGUCCAAGGAGAAAACCUGUGAUCGGCUCCCCAAGUUCCUGAUUGUGGGACCCCAGAAGACAGGGACCACAGCUAUUCACUUCUUCCUGAGCCUGCACCCAGCUGUGACUAGCAGCUUCCCUAGCCCCAGCACCUUUGAGGAGAUUCAGUUCUUCAACGGCCCUAAUUACCACAAGGGCAUUGAUUGGUAUAUGGACUUCUUCCCUGUCCCUUCCAAUGCCAGCACUGACUUUCUAUUUGAAAAAAGUGCCACCUACUUUGACUCAGAGGUUGUACCACGUCGGGGGGCUGCCCUCUUGCCACGAGCCAAGAUCAUCACUGUGCUCACCAACCCUGCUGACAGGGCCUACUCCUGGUAUCAGCACCAGCGGGCACAUGGAGACCCAGUUGCUCUGAAUUAUACCUUCUACCAGGUGAUUUCAGCCUCCUCUCAGGCCCCUCUGGCACUUCGCUCCCUGCAGAACCGCUGCCUUGUCCCUGGCUACUAUUCUACACAUCUGCAGCGCUGGCUGACUUACUACCCCUCUGGACAGUUGCUGAUUGUGGAUGGGCAAGAGCUGCGUUCCAACCCAGCUGCCUCAAUGGAGAGCAUCCAGAAGUUCCUGGAUUUGAUGAAGAUAAGGGAUUCUGGUGCCAGGGACUUGAAGGUGGUAAGACUCGCUGUCUAG